AUGUCUGGACGAACGCAAAAUUUAGACCCACCGCAAAAUAACCAACUGCUUCAAGAAGAUGGAGCUAGUUUCUUAAAAAUUUCGUCAAAGACGUGGGGUAGCACUUCUCAGGCUGAGCUAGCCAACGUAUCGAGUCCGCCGCAAAAAAAGUGGGACCUCGAGCACGAUUAUGAAAGAUUGACCAUAAACAAAUUGCUCCCUGGCCCUAAACCGGUAUCUUUUCAUGGGAUAAUUGUGAAUUUUAGUACAUGCCAUGGUAGCAGUACAAAACAUCCUAGGGCAAAGGGGUGGCAUUACCUGAUUAUUAAAGAUGCUCAUGCCGUAAUUAGCAUUAAACUUUACUUUGCCGACUCACAAUAUUGCUUCGUGCUUGGGCAGCCUUUAACUACCUGGACAACGUUUAUUUCCAAACCAUCAAGGAGUGAUCUACAGCCUCAAACUACUAUGUCUAUUUCGGCAAAUAUAUUUCCUGAUCGGGUGACCUCAGAUCACUUGCGCAUAUAUCCCUUAGGUCCCUCAGGAGCUGAAUGUAAUGGUGUACCAGCCGAUCAAUGUGAUCAAAAGCUCUUCAGUUUAAUAUCACUAGAAAAUUUUAUUCGUUUGGGUCAUGAUUGUUUUCUAGAUGCUAAAAUUCUCGUGCUAGUGAAGAGUAUAGGUAGCUCUAAACAGAUUCAUCGGCGAGAUGGUGGUGGCGUGCAAAAACUUGUAGAUGUUAUUCUAAUGGAUCAAACUGCCGAGUAUCGCCUAACGCUCUGGAAUGAUCUCAGUACUUCCGCGGUCCUAUGGCAUGCAGGACAAACGAUUUUACUGAUAACGAAUCCGGGUUUUCGUGCUGCAAAUUCGCAGGCUGCUGAAGCAAAACGAGGAAAUAUAGAGGUUAAUCGGCACACAAUGAUUGAAAUAGAUCCUUUGGUUGACGAAGCUGUUCAUUUGCGACAAUGGGCUAGGUUUAAGGCCCAAUGUGAUGCUCUCACGUGGAACUCAGCUGCCGAGUUAUUCGAUCUGUCUUUGGCAGAGACGACUCUCAAGCAGCAGCAAUUAACUAUGUCUGAAUUGAGUCUCCUAAUAAAUAGGAUUCGCGUAGAUAUGAGGAUGACAGUGACAGGAUUGCUUAGUGUAACCUUGAUGCGCAUGGAGCUCCAAUCUCUUCAUUUAAAAAAUAAGCUCAUUUGCGGCAAUUGCUCAUACUCCAAUUCAAUGACUGCGUCCUGCAAUAGCUGUGGUAAACUUAUCGCUCUUGAGCCCAAUGCACGUAUAGUGGGUCUAAUGUUAGACGAGACUGGCUGCAUCCACGGAGGCUCCCUCCUUUGGAGUCCUCAAGCCUGGGAAGCGCUACUUGGGCAGCCGGUAUCAAGGGUAACUGGCUGGAACGUGGAGGCAUGCAGGUUAUUCGAGCAACGCAUGUGUUUCCGGCGUAUAGGUUUAUGUGUAGUCUGGCUUGGUUUGGUUGGCGAUAAGUUAGAUAAGACAGCUAGAAAAGUGUUUGUACUCCACGUUCGAGUGUGA